AUCAUCGGUGCGUGGUGAACCCUCGCGGGGUCGCUACCGAAAAGUGGGAGAGCUCAAGUCCCCCAGCCCUGUUUCACUGUACCCUCUCUCACAACAACUCACGUUUUCUCUGAUUACUCAUGUGGUGAGAUUUCGCUACAAGCCUCGUCCACGGUCCUACCUUCUUAAAGAGGUUACUUCCAACAGCGAAUCUCGCGACGCGGCAGAAACCGACAGAUAAGCUUGCGCCAGCUGUUCGCAUCUCCCUGCGAUCUUCCCGUCAAUCGCAAAUUCAUACAGAUUCGCCUUCUCCAGCAUUCUCAAACAUGGCUCAAGGCGCAGCAAACAACUUUGCGCAAUUCAUGGUUGUGGGACCAACAUGUUUUUUCCUCGGAAUCAUGUUUGCGCAACUACCUUAUGACUACAAUGUCUUGUGGACUGUGCCUGCCGACCGAGCGACCUACUUCGACAUUCUUGAAUCGCACAUCCAGUUCCUCUAUGCCUCUCCUCCCAUCGUGUCGCGCAUCCUCAACCUAGCCAUCGGCACCGGUCUCCUCGGCUUUCUUAUCAAGCUCUUCAAGCCAAACCAGGCCAACAUGCUCUUCGAUGGCGCGUCGCUUGUUCUCUACAUGGCUGGUAUCACCGUAUACCUCACCAACAUCGUCAAGGGUUUCAGGGUCGUGACGGCAGGCAUCUACGGAGACGUGAACAAAGCGGCCCCGGGAGAGAUUACAGACGAGGACAUGGGCGAUUACAUCUCGAGGGAGGACACGUUGAGGGUCUUUGCGGCUAGUAACACGAUUCUGGCGCUCGUCUUGGUGGGUGUGCUGGUGCUGCAGGCUGGGCAAUGGUACGCCAAGAGGGCCGAAGAGAAGGAGAUUGAAGAAUUCGAGCGUCAGGCUGAGGAGAAGAAGGGCGCGGGGAAGAAGAAGCAGUAGAUCAUCACUCCUCCGAUGGAGUGGGCUGAUGGGUAGCGGAUGCGCUUUCCAAAGCAUUGGGUUUAGGUCGAGUAGGCUUCCAGUUCUUAUUCCUCUUUUGUCUUGUGCAAUGAUAAAGAGCUGGGAUUUAUUUGUUAGUAUGCCGAACAAGUUUUGUAGGAACAAUGAGGCGUGUAACAAGUACUUAUGACAUACAUGGGUCUCUGUGCUCAGUAUCCAUCUCGAUUGUGGCUCUUGAUUUCUUAGUGAUCAGUAUGAACGGCCACUCUUCUCACUCGUACGAUUCUCAUGUUUCCUUGUUAUCCAAAAAGCUCUCUGUUUGCUGUUACCACGUAGCGCCUUCCUAUUUGGUACACCUCAACCAGCAACAGCAGCUCACAUCUGCCGGUCUCGACCUCUCCAGUCGAGCUCAUCU